AUGUUCACCAUUGUUUCCGAAAGAUUCGCGGGAGAGUGCGCUGUGGAGUAUGCUGCCAUACUUGACUCUGAGCUCAAGACAGAGUAUAAGAGUGGUUUUGAGACUUUAGCCGAACAAGAAAACAAACAAGAACUUCUCGCAAAAGUGUUGGAAUCAAGUCGGGAGCUCGCUAAAUUGAGCGAUAAAGUGUUUGAGCCUACCUUCAAUCUUCUGCUGCACCUUAUAGACAUUCUCAGGAGCGAAUUAGAUGUGUCUUUGGAGCAACAGCUAUCUGCCAUCUUGCCUGAGAUCCAAAAAGUUGUUGUUGUCCCGGAUGACGUGCUUUCCAAAGAUAGAUCCAGUAUCAGAGUCAGCUCGCUUGUGUCUGUUUUUUCUAAUCUGUUUAAUUUUGUUCCCCCACAAUCUCAGCUUCGGGUGCAGGUGCUCAAAGACAUCCUUUCCAUAGUUUCGAAGCACUCACUACUUAACGUGGCUGGUCCGCUGGCUCAACACCUGAAGGUUUGGCUUACCGAUUGCAAUGCUUCCAGCGAGGACAUCAAGAGCAUUUACAUGCAGGUCAUUGAUCUACUGUUUAAAGACCAAAACGAUGCACAGGCAGUGACACUUUUCAAAGAACUAAUUCAAUUGGGCGGAUCGUCUCUUUCUUCCUCAGAGUACUCGCAGUUUUUCAUUCACACCCUCAACUCUACAGUUUACAUAAAUCUGGACUCUAUCGAUUUCGAACCACUGCAACAAGAUCCAGUGCUCUACAAUCUGCUCUCCAUAUACAAGGACUCAAAUCUAGAGGAUUUCGCAACCUUGAGCAAAGAUCUUUCGUCAUACAACAUCAACAUAGACAACCUCACCAACAAGCUCAAGCUUGUUGCUGUGACCAGAAUAGCGUCUAAGAAAAACCAUUUGUCAUACGCUGAAAUUUCAGACGAGUUGCAUAUUGCAUUGGACCAGGUCGAAGAAUUCCUUAUCAAAUGCAUCAAGUCUGGUCUCAUUGCAGGAAGGUUGGACCAAGAUAAAGAACAGUUCUACAUCCACAAAGUGUCGAAAUUGAACAGUACAAGUAAGGAGGACUGGGAGUUUAUUUCCUCCCGGCUCGCUGGAUGGACCUCUCAGAUCGCCAAAUUACAGACUGUUAUCGAGUCGGUGCAGUCCAGAAGAGGAAAAAGAGUUCCUCCUCCUCAGGUCUUGCAAAAGUUUUACCAGCAGAAGCAAGAAUUAAAGGAGCAGAAGGAGCUGUUGCAGCAGGAGAGAGAGAAAGAAGCACAGCAGAUUAUGUAA